AUGGCUCUCCACAAGUCCAAAGUAAAUGUCAAGCAUCCUGACGAUGUAGUAAUUGUCUGCGCCAUUCGUACUGCUAUCACCAAGGGAAAACGUGGUCCUUUAAGGGAUACUCAAGCCGAAACCUUGUUCCAAAAGAUCUUGGAAGGUGUCAUCAAAAAGACAGGCAUCAAACCAGAGCUCGUCGAAGACAUUCAUGUUGGAAACACUAUCAAACAGUCCAUUGGUGCCAUGGAAUUCCGAAUGGCCGCGCUGGCAGCUGGAUUCCCAGAGACCACUUCCCUGGCUGCUACAAACAGAGCUUGUUCUUCAGGACUUCAGGCGACCCAUUAUAUUGCUGCAGCUAUUGCUACUGGAACCAUCGAAAUCGGAAUUGGUGCUGGUGUAGAAAGCAUGAGUAACGGUUAUGGCGAUAGAGCUCCUGCCGUAGUAUCUGAAAAGAUCUUGCGUGCAAACCCUGUUGUUGCUGACGCUCUCAUUCCCAUGGGAAUCACGUCCGAAAAUGUGGCAGCUGAUUUCAACAUCAGUCGCCAAAAGCAAGACGAGUUCUCAGUCAUGUCUCACAAGAAAGCUGCUGCUGCUCAAAAAGCUGGCUACUUCAAGGAAGAGAUUUGGCCCAUUGAAGUCGAGAUGAUGCAAUCCGAUGGCUCAAAGAAGCGCGUUGUUGUCGCUGACGAUGACGGUAUUCGAGCGGACACUACCUUGGAAGGAUUAAGCAAAUUGAAGCCAGCAUUCAAAGCUGGAGGAUCUACUACCGCUGGAAAUGCAUCUCAAGUCAGCGACGGAGCAGCGGCUGUUCUCAUGAUGAAACGCAAAAAAGCACAAGAGCUUGGAUUGCCAGUCCUGGCGACAUUUGCAGCUUUCGCCACUAUUGGCGUACCACCUCGAGUCAUGGGAAUUGGCCCGGCCUAUGCCAUCCCUAAAGUUCUAGCUCAUGCUGGACUGACAAAGGACGAUAUCGACAUUUUCGAAAUUAACGAAGCCUUUGCAUCCCAAGCUGUAUACUCCAUUGACAAGCUGGGUCUCGACUAUUCCAAGGUCAAUCCUAAAGGUGGUGCCAUUGCAAUUGGCCAUCCUUUGGGAUGUACUGGUGCUCGUCAGAUUGCCACUAUUAUCCCAGAACUUCGUCGCCAAGGCAAGAAGAUUGGUGUUACUAGUAUGUGCAUGGGAGGAGGGAUGGGGGGAGCGAACCAUAGUAUCAAGAUUGAGGAGGAUUCGGAUAGGUCGCAACUCAUCAUCACACUCUCCAGCAGUGUUGUUUUGAGUCUUACCAUCGAUAAUCUAGAAGUAUAUCCAUACUCUAAUAUUGAAGUCGCUGUCGAUGAUGGAAACUCACAAAGUCACCUGGCUACCAAUGGAGAAGAACCAAGUGAAGAAGACGAGAACGACCUCAUAAUGUUUGCAGCCCCUACAAAGAAAACAAAACCCAACUAUAGUCCCAACGACAGAGCUUUGCAAAAAAUGGCCGACCUUGCAUUCAACGAGUCAUUUGUAAUGUCGAAUACGCAAAUAGGAAAGAGCUGUGUUGCGUCAAUCAUACCAGUCCCGUCGCUUGUAGAUGCUCGUGUGCUGACCAAAGAAAUAGUUCAGACAAUGGAUUUGGUGGACGAUUCGCUGUGGAUUGUGUUGUUACUCUUUGACGAAGAGAUCACUCCGCGAGUGUACUCGUAA